CUUAACUCAAAGCCUCCUGGAUCUAUGCAGGUUGGGGGCGGAGUCCUCCGGGCAGGUUUGACAGUGACGUGGGAGACUCCCCCCCCCGCCGGGUCCCGCUGCUUUUACGGGAAGACAAAACGGUCUGGAAAAAUCAGAUUCUUCACAAAGUCAUUAGUAGUUUAGAACAAUGUUUGCGGACCUGGAGUAUGACAUUGAGGAAGACAAGCUGGGAAUUCCUACAGUACCUGGAACAGUGACCUUGAAGAAAGACUCUCAGAAUCUGAUUGGGAUUAGUAUAGGUGGAGGAGCCCAAUAUUGUCCCUGCCUCUAUAUCGUCCAGGUAUUUGACAAUACUCCUGCAGCUUUCGAUGGAACAUUGGCAGCUGGUGAUGAAAUCACAGGCGUGAAUGGGAAAUCAGUCAAAGGAAAAACCAAAGUAGAAGUAGCCAAAAUGAUACAGGUGGUGAAGGGAGAGGUGACAAUUCAUUACAACAAGCUCCAGGCUGAUCCAAAGCAGGGGAAAAGUUUAGACAUUGUGCUAAAGAAAGUGAAGCACCGCCUGGUAGAGAACAUGAGCUCAGGGACAGCAGAUGCCUUAGGACUGAGCCGAGCUAUCCUCUGCAAUGACGGGUUGGUAAAGCGAUUAGAAGAGCUGGAGAGGACUGCAGAACUAUAUAAAGGGAUGACAGAACAUACCAAGAGUCUUCUCAGAGCCUUCUUUGAACUGUCUCAGACUCACAGAGCAUUUGGUGAUGUUUUUUCGGUUAUUGGUGUACGGGAACCUCAGCCAGCAGCCAGUGAAGCAUUUGUAAAAUUUGCUGAUGCUCAUCGCAGUAUUGAGAAGUUUGGAAUCCAUCUUUUAAAAACCAUUAAACCAAUGUUGACUGACUUGAACACCUAUCUGAACAAAGCAAUUCCUGAUACUAGGUUAACUAUCAAGAAGUAUUUGGAUGUCAAGUUUGAGUAUUUGUCCUAUUGUCUAAAGGUGAAAGAGAUGGAUGAUGAAGAGUACAGCUGCAUUGCUAUGGGAGAACCUCUCUACCGGGUUGGAACUGGGAACUAUGAAUAUCGUUUAAUCCUGCGCUGCCGCCAGGAGGCACGUUCACGUUUUGCCAAAAUGAGGAAGGAUGUGCUAGAAAAGAUGGAGCUGCUAGACCAGAAACACGUGCAAGAUAUUGUAUUCCAACUCCAGCGUUUUGUGUCCACGCUUUCCAAGUACUAUGAUGAUUGUUAUGCUGUGCUAAGGGGUGCAGAUGUUUUCCCAAUUGAAGUGGACCUAGCACGUACCACAUUGAGUUACGGCCAAAAGGAUGUCUUCACGGAUGGAGCAGAAGAGGAGGAGGAAGAGGAAGCUGGUGGAAGUAGAGAAUGCCAUAAAAAAGAGGAAGAAAAUGGAGAGAAACUGAUUGAUGAUGCCUGAAUUUCUGAAUCCUGUUAAAAUCCCUUCAGAGACUGAUAAAUUCUAUUUCUCUAGA